AUGACCUUUAGGGCUUUUCUAGAGUACUCGAAGAUUGACUUGUACAUUGCUAGGUUUCUCCCUUUGGGGCCUUUGAUACUAUGUUUAACGUACGCAAUUGGUGCAGGAAACGGCACUCCAUCAUUUCAGCCAAGGUUCCAAGACCCGGAGGUGCUCCCCUGCCUGGUGGAGGCCUUUCGCCAAGCAACCAACUUUCAGAAGGACUCUGUGACGCCCAGUGAAGCUGGUGACUUCGUACGCUUUUGCGUCGCUUAUCGCAUUCAUUGCUACUUCGAGACUAGCUUGUUGACGCCUGCCAUCGUGAAGCCAGCCGUGGUUUUCGUCUUGGGAGGACCUGGUGCUGGCAAAGGAACGCAGUGUGAGCGCAUCUCGCAGACCUUUGGCUACCACCACCUCAGUGCUGGAGAUCUUCUGCGUGAGGAGCGCAAGCGUCAAGGCUCUGAGUAUGGCCAGCUUAUCGAGAGUUUCAUCAAGGAAGGCAAACUGGUUCCUGUCGAGAUUGUCGUGAACCUCUUAAAGCAAGCCAUGGAGAAGCGUGGUUGGUCACAGGGGAAGUUCCUGGUUGAUGGCUUUCCACGCAGCUUUGAAAACAUGGAGGGUUGGAAAGAGGUCCUGGGAGGCAAGGUGAAUGUGAAGUUUGCCCUGUUCUUCGAUUGCUCUGAGGCAGUCAUGGAGGCUAGAAUCCUAGAACGUGGGAAAACCAGCGGCAGGGCAGAUGACAACUCUGAGGCCAUUCGGAAGCGAUUGGCAACAUUCAAGGAGGAGUCUGUCCCAGUGGUCGAGUACCUGAAGUCUCAGAGCUUGCUUCGGCAAGUGCAAUGCGAAAAAGCGGUGGAAGAGGUCUGGAAGGACGUCCGUGCCCUCUUUGGCCCCAGCGUGGUUUUCGUACUUGGUGGCCCUGGUGCUGGGAAAGGCACCUUGUGUGGAAAGAUUGUGGAGGCCUGUGGCUACCAACACCUCAGUGCAGGUGAUCUGCUUCGGGAGGAGCGGAGGCGGCCCGGCUCCAGACUAGGGGAGCUGAUUGAAGCCCACAUCAAGGAAGGCAAACUGGUGCCUGCCAGCAUCGUAGUGGAGCUGCUACUGAAGGCGAUGCGAGAGCAUGGCUGGGAGGGUGGCAAGUACCUCAUCGAUGGCUUUCCAAGGAGCUUUGACAACCUCCAGGCAUGGGAAGAGACUGUCCAAGAUCAGGUCCUUGUGAGGUUCGUUCUCUUCUUGGAUGUGAAUGAGCAGGUGAUGGAGGCGCGGCUCCUGGAGCGGGGCAAGACGAGUGGACGUGCUGAUGACAACAUCGAGUCUAUUAGAAAGCGCUUCCUAACUUUCCACAAGGAGUCCAUACCAGUUGUGGAGCGCUUCCAGAAGGAAGGGCGCAUUAGAAGGAUUGAUGCAGAUCAGCAUCCGGAUGCAGUCUGGAGGGAUGUGCAGGUUCUUUUUGGUCCCUCCGUGGUCUUUGUCCUGGGCGGCCCUGGCGCGGGCAAGGGCACACAGUGUACCAAGAUAGCAGAAACGUUUGGCUACACGCAUCUGAGCGCUGGAGACCUCCUUCGAGAGGAGAGAAGCCGGGAAGGCUCAGAAUAUGGAGAACUCAUCAACCGCUACAUCAAGGAUGGCAAGCUUGUACCCGUUGAGAUUACCAUCAAGUUGCUGAAACAGGCUAUGAUGAAACAUGGAUGGGAAGGUGGUCGGUACUUGGUUGAUGGCUUUCCCAGGAGUUUUGACAAUCUUCGGGGCUGGGAGGAGGUCAUUGGCAACACAGUCAGAGUCAAGUUCGUUCUCUUUUUUGACUUGUCGGAAGAGACAAUGCAGGCUCGUCUGAUGGAGCGAGGCAAAACUAGCGGUCGAGCUGAUGACAAUCUGGAGUCCAUAAAGAAGCGCUUUGUGACAUUCCAGCAAGAGUCCAUGCCAGUGGUAGAAAAGUUCCAUUUGAAGGGCCUGGUGCGGCGGAUCAAUGCAGAGCAGUCUGCAGAGCAGGUGUGGAGAGAUGUUCAAAGGAAUUUUGGCCCUAGUGUGAUCUUCGUGCUGGGUGGUCCUGGUGCUGGAAAGGGCACACAGUGCACCAGGAUCGCUGCAAACUUCGGCUUUCAGCACCUUUCAGCAGGGGACCUACUCCGAGAGGAGCGCAAGAGGCCUGGCUCGGAGCUGGGUGAACUCAUCGAGAGCCACAUCAAGGAGGGGAAAUUGGUGCCUGUCUCCAUUGUGGUACAACUCCUCCAGAAAGCCAUGGAAGAACGUGGCUGGGAGGAUGGCAAGUACCUGAUCGAUGGCUUUCCCAGGAGCUUCGACAAUUUGCAAGGAUGGAAUGAGGCCCUGGGGCACAAGGUUGACGUCAAGUGCUGCCUCUUCUUUGACUGCUCUGAAGCUGUGAUGGAGGCUCGCCUUCUGGAACGCGGCAAAACCAGCGGCCGAGCAGAUGAUAAUCUGGAGUCCAUUAGAAAACGCUUCGCAACGUACACACAGGAGUCUCUACCAGUCGUGGAGAAGUUCAGCAGUGAAGGUCUCAUGCGAAGGAUUAGCGCGGAGCAAAACCUCGAUGACGUUUGGAGUUGUGUGCAAGAGGUGAUGCACAAUGAGCGAGACGGGCUUUUGUUGAACCAGGUGUGCUGGUGUCCUUGUGCCGAAGUGACCAUUCCUCCUGUUGUGUGUUCAUUCUCAUCGGCAGACCUUUGA